AUGGGCAGAGCCUUCGACCGGCUGGCGGCGCCUCUGAUGGCCUCCACCCAACGCUUCCCGUCCCUGACAUCCAUAGGCAUGAGCGCCGUCUUCACCUUCGUCCCCUCGCCGCUCCCCACCACGCCGCUGUCGUUCCCAGCGCCCCCGACUCGCGCGCCCCACCUCACCACCACCCCGCAAAAACGCACCCGCGCCCUCACAGACGUCGACGGCGAGUACUCCUGCGUCGAGAAGAAGAAGCGGAGGUUGCGCCUCUUCCUCAUAACGUCGCGGCUCUCGCGCCCAUUUUCCGCGCCCGCAACCAACAUCGUCGACCGCGGAUCCUCGAAAAUAGCCGUCUGGGCGAAGCAGAAAGCGCUGGGACGGAACCUUUUGCGGAAAGCGGCCAUCUUGAACCGCAUACGGCGAAACGCUAUCCGGACACACACAGAAGGACGCGGAAUAUCAUGCGUCCUAGACCAGGAGAAAGAGCAGAAACAACUCGAGCUGGCGCGGUUGGCGUUCUUGUAUGGAAGCCACGAUACCCACACACGGCCGGUGUUCCAGCGGCCGCCGGAUUUCCCGCCGGCACAGGCGGUGCGGAGCGGGAACUACUGGGCGCUGAGUGGGAGCCCGAACGUUGCUGGGAGGCCUCUGUCGUCAGCGUCAGCGUCGACAUCGCCAGAUCCAAAUACCAGGGAUAUCGCGACCACGGCCGGACACGAGAUAGAAAGCGUGCUUAGAGAAGAUGACGCGACCGACGACGACACGAGGUAUAGCUCCCCGAACGAAAUGUACACGCACCAGCACCAGCUCCCCGUGCCGCAGCUGCCGCGGCACGACUACCUCCCGCUCCCGCCCUCGCCGCUCGGGCUGUCGAACUACGACGCUUUCGACCUCGAGGACGAGAUCCACGACCCGUAUUCGGCGUUUGACGAUGACGACGACGACGACGACGGGUCGGUGUCUAUCUUCAACCAGCGCCCACAGUCGCCCGCUUACAGGCCGCACGCAGACGAGACGAUGCACGACACCUCGCCGUUUAAUUUCGGCAGCCCCAAUACCGCGGUCUCGUACGUCACGGACUCGACGCUGAGUAGCGUGCAUACCCCUCCGCCGUUGCAGCAGCAGCCGCGGAUGGUGUACUCGGAUUUCAGUCUGCUGGAUCCGGAUGAGGCGGUCGUAGGGGACUAUGAUGGGUUGGACGGCGUUGAUGGCGUGAGGGCUGUGUGGCCGCAUGUUAGUAGCGGGGAAGUGGUGAAGCCGACACAUCUACCAACUGCGAGGCCGCCGGAGAGUAAUUGGCGGUAG